AAAACUUUAUUUGCUGUGGGAGUUUACAAUGGCCGUAAUCCAAUGCAAUUGUUAGUUGUUAAUUGAACGGUAAUACAAACGGUCGCUAAAACAUGGCCCCGGCACCGAAAUACAAUAUUGCUUUGGAUUCAAAUUUGCCCGAUUGGUUGGAGCAAAUAACCUUAGAUGCAGCCGUUUCCCAGGCGGUCGGUGAUGAUUUCCUCCGAGUGUCAAGUGUUAAAAUUGAGAAUGCCUCACAGAGCGGUGAAAAUUAUUCGUCGUUGAUGAUGCGUAUUAAAGUUGAGGUGGGAUUGAAAAAUGGAAAAGAUAAAAACCUAUCCCUCUUCCUCAAAACUUGUCAAGCCAAUGAAGCUAUGGCUCAAAUAUUAGAUAUAUUUCGUAUUUUUCCCAAGGAAAAUGAAAUCUACCACAAAAUUUUACCACGCUUCAAACAACUCUAUGCCGAUGCUGGGAAAACAGUUGAAUUUAGUCCGAAGGCGUAUAAAUUUGAUGUAGACGUAGAUAAGGACUAUGUCCUGCUGGAGGACCUAUCCACGAAGAACUAUAAAAACGCCAAUCGUAUUGUCGGUCUUGAUAUGGACCAUAUGCAUGCCGUCCUUAAGAAAAUGGCUGAAUAUCAUGCCGUCUCUGCGUGUUAUGUGGAAAAAUAUGGGUCAUAUGGUGAAGAUUUUAACGUUGGCAUGUUUAGUGAGAAGAAUCGUGGUAUUUUGAACGAAUUUAAUAAAUCAACUGGAUUUCUCACCCAACUAAAGAAGUGGCCGAACUGUUCGGCUUACUAUGAGAAAUUAGCCGACAGCGAUGAGUAUUUGGUUAGUCGUUUGCUAGAGGAUCAACGUGUUAAUACGGGAGAAUUUAAUGUCCUCAAUCACGGAGAUUGUUGGUCCAAUAACAUCAUGUUCCAGUAUGAUGCCUUUGGAAAAAUCAAAGAUAUGCUGUUUGUCGACUUUGCCUUGGGCAAAUAUGGUUCACCGGCAAAUGAUUUAUAUUAUUUCAUAUUGUCCUCAUGUUCGGCUGAUAUAAAAUUGACGAAAUUCGAUUAUUUCAUACGCUUCUAUUAUGGACAUUUGGUGGAAAACCUUAAAUUGUUGCAGUACGCUCGACCGCUUCCCAAAUUAAUAAACAUUCACGGAGCAUUACUGAAAAAUGGAUUGGCUGCUUAUAUGAUUGCAUCCAAAGUUUUGCCAGCAGUCAUUUUGGACAAAUCAGAAGAAUCAAAUUUGGAAAACUAUACAAAUCAUAAAUCGAAAAUGGUCUAUUCCAUGUAUAGCAAUCCAAAAUAUGUUAAGCAAAUGGUAAACAUUCUACCUUGGCUGGACAAUCGUGGUCUUUUGGAUUGGAAGUGAGACUAGAAAUUGUAAAAAUAAAUAUUUUUCAAUGAAAUAUACAAAAAUUUGAUUAAAUUUAAAAUAAAUCAGUUCCAAUUCCAA